AUGAAAUUGGCAAAUAAAAGUACAGAAUGUGAAGUGUCAACCACCAAAAGUGCCAUCCUGCUAAUCCCAACAAGUCUGUUGCGCUCUCACCAAAAGUGCCACCUUAGUAAUCCUAACUCUGUAGUUCUCUCUCCCUCCCCCAUCAACAUAUCUGUUUUUUAUUCUAGAGAACAACAGAGGACCAGCCUGUUUUCACUGUGGAGAAUAAGGACUUAUCACUUAUCCCAUAACUUGCCUUACAGUAAUUUCAAGUUUCAGUAUAACUAUCUUCUCCAUCUUUAUAUAGAAGCAAAUUUUCUCUUCUGCAUCUGUAUUUUCGUUUGCGGCAAGAGGAUUGAGACCAGAUGCUCCUCAGAAAGGACAGAAUUUGCAGAACUGUUCUCUGUCUUCUGUUUCCCCUUGUUCUUCCUAACUUCGUCCACUGCUCAGGCUUACAAGAAUUGCACGGUUGGGGAUGAUUUGGGAUGGUACGACAACACUGAGAAUUCGAAGAUCAACUACCAAAAAUGGGCAGCCGGCAAAAACUUCUCUUUGGGAGAUUUCCUCAUUUUCAACACAAAUACCAACCACUCCGUAGUUCAGACCUACAACUUCACAAUAUACAAGAGGUGCGACUUCAAUGAUGCAGACUCGAGAGAUUAUUCAUCCCAAGGAGACUAUAACCAAGCAGCAGGCCCAUGGAGCAUCGCAAUCCCCCUCAAGAAAGAGGGCAUGAACUACUUCUUCUCCAGCUUCUACGAUGGAGACCAGUGCAAGAACGGGCAGAGGUUCAGGAUCAACGUCGUCCAUGGCCAGGGCCUGCCUGACAGCCUCGAGAACCCCGUCGAUGCAUCUUCCCCAUCGCCCCAACCCCAGCAAGAUUAUGAUACCUCCACUCCUGACACCGCCAAUAUCCCUGGAAAUUUCAACAAACCGGUCCCUUCUUCUUCCGAGGAUGUGAAGCAGGCAGCAGGGGCAAGUGCCAGCCCCAUUAAAUCGACCGCGUUGGGAGCUAUUCUGUUAGGCGCUUUGGGUUUGCUGAAUUUGGUGCUUAUUUUGUUUGUUUUUUCUAUUUGGUUCAUUUUCUAGGAUGAUAUAUAUUAAAUGUGUACUUGUGAAUAUGUAUUUUCAGGAUUGAUAGUACUUUUUAGGAGGAAAUAAUGUUAUGCUGGGAAACUGGCGGACAUCAUUUUGGGAAUUUAUUUCCUUUACUUUAUAGAACAUGAGCGUUUAUAUCUUCA